AUGGCCGUUGAUGCCCGGUACAUAAAGAUGUCAUCUCCACACCUGAACAACCUCAUUAUUGUGGGAUGCAUGCUGACUUACAGCAGCGUGAUUUUCCUUGGUCUCGAUUCAACAUUAUCAAGUGUUCAAGCCUUCCCCUACAUAUGUACAGCCCGAGCCUGGCUAUUGAUGGCCGGGUUUUCGCUUGCAUUCGGCGCAAUGUUUUCUAAAACAUGGCGUGUUCAUUCUAUAUUCACCGAUGUCAAGCUGAAUAAGAAAGUCAUCAAAGAUUAUCAGCUUUUCAUGGUUGUUGGCGUACUUCUAGUCAUUGAUCUAGCAAUAAUGACAACCUGGCAAGUUGCUGAUCCAUUUUACCGAGAAACUAAACAAAUGGAGCCUUAUCCUCACCCAUCGAGCGACGAUAUUGUUAUGAUUCCAGAGAACGAGUACUGCCAGAGUAAUAGGAUGACUAUUUAUCUCGGCUGUAUUUACGCCUACAAAGGCCUUUUGAUGAUAUUCGGUGCUUUUCUCGCAUGGGAAACUCGGCACGUAAGCAUACCAGCGUUAAAUGACAGCAAGUACGUUGGAAUGAGUGUUUAUAAUGUUGUAAUAAUGUGCGUCACCGGUGCGGCUAUCAGUUUUGUCCUCGCUGAUAAACAGGAUACUAUGUUUAUAAUGCUGUCGAUAUUCAUUAUAUUUUGCAGCACCGCUACAAUCUGCCUUGUUUUCGUACCAAAACUCAUUGAAUUAAGAAGAAACCCACAAGGAGCAAUCGAUAAAAGAAUUCGAGCAACUCUGCGUCCCUCAUCAAAAACGCGGCGAGACUCGACGGUCAGUGAGCUGGAGGAACGUUUGAAGGAUGUUACAACCGCUAAUCAAAAAUUCCGCAAGCAGCUCUUGGAAAAAGAAUCUGAACUUCAAAUGUACCUGAGCAAACUCGGGGAUGAGGAUCUCUUACGAGAUACCAAAGAAGCAAUGGAUAGAUUAUCAGUACCGAGAAAUGAAACUUUAAUAAAAAAAGAAGGGGUAUCGAUGGUCACUGAAACUACUGACGUUUCAAUAUCACUGUGCAGUUUGAAUUCAACAACAGUUUCGCAACCGGAGAGUGAAUAUGUUAAUGUCAUUGCUUCAAGCAAUCAACCAACAGCUAGGAAACGAGCGUCCUUUGGGAAAGUCACAAUAGACAAUGAGCGAACAACAUUAUUACCUCAGGCAAUGAGUUCCCCAACGACAAAUCAUUACAAAAAAUCACCGAAUAAUAACAAUACCAUUAAUAAUAACAAUAAGAAUAAUAAUAUUAAUAAUACGGAAAACCAAGAGACUGAGCCGUUGCUUAUUAAACGUAGUCCUGAGCCCAGGAUUAUGACGACAAAUGUUAACGGCGAUAAGAAAUCUUCAGCUUUAACAGUUACGUCAGUAUCUUUGCCGACGACAACAUCGAUACUAACUUCUACAUCCGUAGCUCUUAAAAAGUCCGGUGAGUUUGCAGAGGAGCCACUUGGGCAUGAGAAAACUAAAGAUACUAGUGUGGAAAAACGAGCUAAGCUCCCUACACCACCUCCACCGACUAAAAAUGUAUCUUUUGGGGAACUGAGGGAAGAUAACUAUUUGGAGCAGGCGAUACUACCGCCGCCAGUGCAAUUUGUACCUAAACAUCGACAUACGCCACAUCAUCAUCAAACCCUAGCAAAGCGUCGAUCAUCUGUAAAAAACAACGGUCUAGCACAUUCACAUCACGAGCUUUUCGAAAAGCGUCGCACUAGCGUGCCAGCAAAUUCAAUAAGCUACAUAUCCACGGAGAAUAUAUCUAAAGUGGACGCUUUGAAUGACGAGUCACUGAGCAGUUUUGAUCGCACAUACGUGAUUGGGGAAUGCGGGCACCGAAGAGCCGCAUUGGGCGGUGGGACCGGUUAUCGGUGUGAAAAACACGGUGGAGGACGUCUACUUCACACUCAUCACAUUUCAAAUGGCUCGGCGGAUAUUUCCGGCACUAAUACACGAGUAGUCUCAAAGCAUCAUCGUGAUCGCGAUAACUUACAGUACUGCAAAAACGCAAGCUCACCAAGUGUUCCGGCAAUGCUCAAUGCCAGUUACUCUGAUACCGAAAAAACUGAGGAUCCAUCGGCAAUAAUCCAACGAUCGGUGUCGGAAAAAUCCCGCGAAAAAUGCUCAAGAUCACGAACCAGUACCGCAGGUACCAGCACCACCCUGACGGCCUCCAGUGGGCACCACCUGACGGCUGGACCAGUGGAGUGUCGCCAUCGAACUCAGCCGCGAAAGCACCGCGAGUGUCGUCAUACCGAAUCACGUCUUCGGCAGCAAGCACGUCUUGAGUACGUUCAAAGUAGCCCUAAUGUUGCGACAACUGUCCACAGCGGUAAGUUUGCCAGUGCGAAUCCCCGAGGAGGCGGAAUUACAACUAGUUGUGGACGUGGUGCCAUUAACUGCGGACACUCUGGUUUAGGAGACUCUCUAGGAUUGGGGAUGGGGGGAAGUGGGAGUGCUAUGGGGGGUAGUGAACUAGUUGUAAGAGACGAGACAACUUCAAAUCCUGACGGAGUUGCCAGUGGAUCCACUGCGAACCUCACGAAUAUGUGCAGUGCCGCGUCUGACGGAGAACUUCUAGACCGUGAAAUACUGCCGAUAUUCCAAAAAUUGCUCUCAGAGAGACAUAAGAGUACAGGCGGUGCUUAUGGCUCUAAUAUCGCAAGCUGUCCUAAUAUAUCAAUUAAGUGUGACAUUGUCGAGUAUCUUUAA